AUGGCAAAAAAUCACGAAAAAGCGUAUGAUUUCGCAAAAUUUCAACGCUGUUUUUUAAUACAACAUGCAGACGAUGGUAGCGAAGAGGAGGAAGGCAUUGCUUUUACGAUAAAAGUUGAAAACAAGUGCCUUAAAAGCUGGUAUGACUUUACUACGAAGAAAGGUCCCGAAGGCAAAUUAAAGUUAGUUGAUAUUAUCAAUCGUUUCUUGGCGGAACAGCAUGUAACCACCCUAAAGGAAAACUGUGUCAGGAUUGAAGAGCAUGCCAGAGCUUUGUCUUCCAUGGCAAAAAGUAAGUUGUUUGGGAAAUGUGGGCGACAGUAUACAUCUUGCUCAAACCUUUUCAGGCGCAUUGUUGUCAUGAAGAGUGAAUUAAUUCAAAGCCAGGAUUUAAACGAGACCAGGAAAACAAUGGAGCAACUUCAUGCCCAAACGACACAACUUUCUGAGCAAAAUAGGUGCAUAAAUGAACGAUGUGAGCAGUUAUCCGAAAGUUUGAAAACUCUUAAUGAUCAGAAAUGCAAAUCGGAAGAAGAGUUGGAAGAGCAAGUGAACAGAAAUGCAGAACUUGAGCAAAGUAACAAACAAUUACUUGAGCUGGUGACGAAGCUGGAGGAAUUGCAUGGAAAGGAUUUAGAUAAGAGGAGGAAAACAUUUACAGAAGUUGGACAAAGACAGCAGCACCGGAUUAUGACGGAAUUAAAGACGAAAGCAGAAAGGUCUUUAUGGUUCGCUAAAGCAUUUGGUUUGGAU